UUCCCUACUACUGCCACUGCAAGCACUACCACCACCACCACCACCACCACUACCACCACCUACUACUACUACUACUACUACUACUACUACUACUACUACUACUACUACUACUACUACUACUAUGGCGCCGCUACGAGUAAUGUUAGCAGGGAUUGUGAUAUUGGGCGUGUGGGCGGCGGGCGCGGCGGCGCAGAGCACCAGCUGCGACCCCUCGUGCCCGGUGGACUGCGUGCCGGGCACCAACGUGCCCAACCCGCGCAACUGUGCCCAGUACUACACGUGCCUCGAGGACUGCACGCCCAGCGACCCCGUCUUCGAGUGUGCCGAGGGACACCUGUUCGACGUGGUGACGGCGCAGUGCCAGCCCGACGCCGGCGGCGUGACCUGCGGCUACUGCCUGCCGCGGUGCAGCUACACCUGCGACGGCGACACGGAGCUGGCGGCGGUGAGGGGGGACUGCGAGAAGGCGAUUCUGUGUAGCAUAGCCUCGCAACCGACCAUCACCUGCAGUGAGCCAACCUCGUACUUCAACGGCACACAGUGCCAGGCGGACGACACGCAGUGCUGUGACCCGUGCGAGGUGUUCUGCGAGGCGGCCUUCACGGAGAUCAUGGACCCCUACAGCUGCACAAGCUACUACUACUGUGCCCAGGUGGGCUACCCGCUGCCCGAGGACAGGUACGAGUGUGACGCCGGCGAGGUGUUCCUCGACGGCCACUGCCGGCCGGAAGGAACGGAGGAAUGCGUACCGCCGUGCGGGGGGCCUGCAACCUUGACUACUGAUACUACUGAUCCUGCUACUGAUCCUGCUACUGUUUUUGGUAUAUUUGAUUACGACCUGGCUGUCUAAUAGCCGGAGAGAGAGAGAGAGAGAGAGAGAGAGAGAGAGAGAGAGAGAGAGAGAGAGAGAGAGAGAGAGAGAGAGAGAGAGAGAGAGAGAGAGAGAGAGAGAGAGAGAGAGAGAGAGAGAGAGAGAGAGAGAGAGAGAGAGAGAGAGAGAGAAUCAAUAAAAGCCUUUAGAGGAGCA